UCUCCUCCAUCAUAUUGCAUAUACAAAAAUUACAAAAAAAUAUAUAUACCCAUAAAUAUAAAUUAUAAACACUUAUACAACACACAGAGAAAAAUUACUAGGACACAUUAUCUAUCCGAGUUUUUCUCAGAAACCCAAAUGGAUAAGGCAUCCAUUUCUUCAGUGUUGAUGAUGAUGGUGGUGAUGACGAAAAUGGCAAGUGUUGCAGAUGCCAGAGCCUUCUUCGUCUUCGGUGAUUCGCUCGUGGAUAAUGGAAACAAUGAUUAUCUUGCCACCACUGCUCGUGCUGAUAAUUAUCCUUAUGGCAUUGAUUAUCCAACUCGCAGACCAACUGGACGAUUCUCCAAUGGCUUUAACAUACCAGAUCUUAUAAGCCAGUCAAUUGGGUCAGAAUCCACAUUGCCAUAUUUGAGUCCAGAGCUCAGGGGAGAGAGGUUGCUCGUUGGAGCAAACUUUGCUUCUGCUGGAGUUGGAAUCCUCAAUGACACUGGGAUUCAAUUUUUAAAUAUAAUCCGAAUCACCAGACAGCUGCAGUACUUUGAGCAAUACCAGCAGAGAGUAAGUGCACUUGUUGGAGAAGAACAAGCUCAGCAAUUAGUGAAUCAAGCUCUUGUCUUGAUCACACUUGGAGGCAAUGAUUUUGUUAACAACUACUACUUAGUUCCUUUCUCCGCAAGAUCUCGCCAAUUUUCUCUCCCUAAUUACGUCGUCUACCUCAUCUCCGAGUAUCGCAAAAUUCUAGCGAGGUUAUAUGAGCUGGGAGGACGGAGAAUUCUGGUGACAGGAACUGGACCAAUAGGGUGUGUGCCGGCCGAGCUUGCCAUGCGCGGCAGUAGAAACGGCGAGUGUUCCAGUGAGCUUCAGACGGCGGCGGGGUUGUUCAACUCGCAACUGGUGCAGCUACUGAAUCAACUCAACUCGGAGAUUGGGUCCAACGUCUUCAUUGCUGCUAAUACAAAUGAAAUGUCUUUUGACUUCAUCAACAAUCCUGGAGCAUAUGGGUUCGUGACGUCGAAGAUAGCAUGUUGCGGACAAGGACCGUACAACGGGAUCGGACUGUGCACGCCGGCGUCAAACCUGUGUCCGAACAGAGACAUUUACGCCUUCUGGGAUCCGCUUCAUCCGUCGGAGAGAGCCAACAAGAUCAUCGUUGAUAGGAUCGUCACCGGCUCCACCAAGUACAUGAACCCCAUGAACUUGAGCACUAUAAUGGCCUUGGAUUCUAGGACCUAGCUACCCUACUCUCCUCUCAUA